AAUCCAGCGAUCUUUGCGCAGACUCUUGGAACUGCAAAUUAUGCCUGGAAGACAAUCCCAUGGCGGCGCUCCGUCGAAAAAGCCAAAGGGGCGGGUAAAUUCGAAAAAGAGAUCAUUAGACGCCUUUGCCAUUGCCUCCGCUCAAAACCCCGAAAAGAUCAAAAUCAGACAACAUCGUCUUGGAGAGAGUGAGGGAGGAAACCGACCUGGGAAGCGUCCGCGCGGCGAAGAAGAUGACGAAGAUGAGGAGCCCAGUUUCAAUACAAAGAAGCAACGCAAAGGAUCGGAAAAGGGUCGGUUUGACGAGCUAGAUUUGGAUGAGGGAAAUGAUAGUGAGGGUAACGAGUGGAAGCUUGGCCAGGUCGAUAGCGACGAUGACAGUGACCUCGACAGUGAUGAGGCUUUUGGAGAAAGCGACGAGGAGAGAUUUGAAGGGUUUAGGUUUUCAGGGGGCUCUAGUAAAAAGAGUACCAAGAAAACACGUUCCCGUCCAAAAGCUGUGAACCUGGAUGAGGACGACGAUGACGAUGAUGAAGGCUCGGAUUCAGAAUUGGAGGAAGGAGACCUUGGCGAGGAUGCAAUUGAUCUUGCUGCUAUGUUGGAUGCAACAGAGGGAGACGACGAAGAUGCGGCGGACAAGAACGGCGGCCGGGAAGAUGGCGCAGGCUCUUCCGAGGAGGAAGAUGAGGGGAGCGACAUCUCAGACGAGGAAUCUUCAAUGUCAUCUGCGGAUGACGACGAAUCUUCUGAUCCAGCCAAACUCGAAGCCCUACGAAGCCUUAUUGCGAAUCUCCCACAGACUGACGAGUCGAGUCGAGCCCCGGCUAAGCAAAGAAGUGACGUUGCAAGCGAAUAUAGCAAGCCUUCGGAUUUUGGGCUCACAUCAAAGACAAAACUCACUUUAGAGGACCUUGGUCUCCCUACAAUAAGGGAUCCACAGAUCAAAAAGUCUUUGAAAUUCCUCGCAUCUGAUUCAAAUGGGGAGAGCAAACGGAAAGGGAUCCCUAAAACUCUUGAGGUUCCAUUAGCCAAACGGCAGCAGGACCGUCUCGACCGAAGUGCGGCAUAUGAGAAGACCAAGGAAACAUUAGAGAGAUGGACAGAGACGGUCAAGCAUAACCGCCGAGCAGACCAUCUAAUAUUCCCGCUUCCCGACAACGAUGUCGCAUCAGCCCACGCAAACAGCCGGCUCCGGUCUACAGGCAAUCAAAAACCCUUCAAUGAGCUGGAAGCUACCAUCCAAAAUAUCUUGGAGGAAAGUGGACUUGCCGCUGCGAAUGGAAAGGAUGACGAAGAUCAUAUCCGUGAAAUUGAGGAAAUGGAAACAAAGAAAAUGUCAAUUGAGGAAGUCAAAGCUCGGAGGGAUCAGCUACGGAUGGCUCGAGAGUUACUCUUCCGUGAGGAAGCUAGGGCGAAGCGAAUCAAGAAGAUUAAAAGCAAGUCAUACCGCAAGGUUCAUCGCAAGCAGCGUGAGAAAGAGGAACGACUGAAUAAGGAAGCGUUAGCAGAGGGAGGAUUUGUGCCUUCUGAAGACGAGUUGGAAGCUCAGGAUCGCAGACGAGCUACAGAGCGCAUGGGUGCAAAACAUAGGGGAAGUAAAUGGGCGAAGGCUACGAAGGAAACUGGCCGAGCGGCCUGGGACGAAGAUGCCAGAGCAGGCAUUACUGAGAUGGCAAGAAGAGAUGAGGAACUUAGGAAAAGAGUGGAGGGCAGAGCUGUUAGGAAGGAAUUUGAAGAUGACUCUGAAAUGUCAGCCAGCGAUCCAGAUGAUGAUGUCGAUGGGGACGAUGACGCAGAGCAGGCGAGGCUCCUUCGGCAGCUGGAUGGGGUGAGCGGCACUGAUACAGCAAACGGUUCUGCUCUCGGGUCCAGAUUGGCAAAUAUGAAAUUCAUGCUCAAGGCCGAGGCAGCUAGGAAGAAGGAGAAUGAUGCUAUGGUCGAGGAUAUCAGACGAGAACUAGCAGGAGAGGAAUCGUCGCGUGAAGAAGAAGUAGAUGAUGAUGACAUUGGGCGAAGGGUCUUUGGCCCUUCCAGCAACAAAGUCCAGGACAAGGCAAAAAUACAACGAAGGAGUGAUUCUCAGGAGCCCGCCGGUUCUGAUGACGAUGAAGCAAAUGAUAUAUCGGAAGUCCAUGGUGUUAAUGAUAACCCAAGCGGCACUUCAAGUUCUUCCCGGAGCCAACACCGAGUAAAUGGAGCCUCCAGAACUCUGAAAAUAUCGUCGCCGAAGAUCCAAUCCAAUCCAAGUUCUGAGGGUGGGGCCUGGUCAAAAACAGCAUCCAAGCCAAGUUCAAUUAGCAAUGCGGAAGCCAAUAGGCGUCGACAUCAACGAAACAGUGCCGCUGAAGUAGAAGACCUUGACCUAUCCAAAGCCGCCGUCAUAGCCACGAAGCCCAAACGCAAGGGGGCUACCAAGAAGUCGUCAACGCUAGAUAUGCCUUCUGAUGAAGAAAGCAACGAUGAAAAUCCAGUUCGGCUACCUUUCGCGAUACAGGAUCAGGAAUUGAUAAAGAGGGCAUUUGCAGGUGCAGAUGUAGUAGGAGAAUUUGAAACCGAGAAGAAACAGACCAUUGAGGAUGAAGACGAGAAGGUUAUCGACAACACCUUGCCUGGAUGGGGGAGCUGGGUUGGAGAGGGUUUGAGCAAAAAGGAGAAGGCUCAAAAUAAGAGAAACAAGGGGAGAUUUUUGACGAAAGUUGAAGGCGUUAAGGAGCAAAAUCGGAAGGACGCGAAGCUUGAGCGGGUAAUCAUUAAUGAGAAGCGAGUUAAGAAGAACAGCAAAUACCUAGCUCCGACUCUCCCACACCCCUUUGAGACAAGACAACAGUACGAGAGGUCCCUUCGAUUACCCGUGGGACCGGAAUGGGCAACGAAAGAAACAUUCCAGGAUGCUACGAAGCCUAGGAUUCUGGUCAAGCAAGGCAUCAUCACUCCUAUGUCAAAACCUUUGCUUUAGACAUAAAAGCUUACUCAAAUGGAAUUAUGGUCAAUCUAUG